CCUUUAUAAAAACGACGCCUCUCUCUCUCUCCUCGUCAGUCGUCUACUCUUUUGAUAAGCUGACAUGAAACUGGAGCUCAAUAAUCUUCAUCAUCCGGAGGAUCAAGAGACCGACAGCGAGAGCGAGAUGUGCAGGACAAUCGAAGUUGUCGCGGGAAGUGGAGGCGUCCAGCUCUCUCCGGAUAAGCAGACCUCCGGCGCCGACGACUGCGCCGACGACCUCUUCAUUCCGCCGCUCAACUUCUCCUUGGUCGAUAACGGCAUUUUCAGGUCGGGCUUCCCGGAGCCCGCCAACUUCUCCUUUCUCCACACUCUAGGCCUCCGCUCCAUCAUAUGUUUGUGUCCGGAGCCGUAUCCAGAGCCGAAUACGGAGUUUUUAAAGUCCAACGGGAUUAAGCUUUUUCAGUUUGGAAUUGAAGGCUACAAGGAGCCUUUUGUAAACAUCCCGGAUGAUACAAUCCGUGAAGCACUAAAAGUUGUCCUCGAUGUAAGGAACCACCCUGUCUUAAUUCAUUGUAAACGAGGGAAGCAUCGAACGGGUUGUCUGGUGGGGUGCUUGAGAAAAUUGCAGAGAUGGUGCCUCACGUCUGUUUUUGACGAAUACCAGCGGUUUGCAGCUGCGAAAGCGAGAGUUGCGGAUCAGAGGUUUAUGGAGAUGUUUGAUGUUUCCAGUUUGAAACAUCUGCCGAUGACAUUUUCAUGUUCCAAGAGGUAAAGUCGCCCCGUAUUAUUGAACGGCUUUUGCUUCUUCUUUUAGUCGAAGAAGAGAAUCAAUCGUAGGUCCCAAUCUCCUAGCUACUAUGGAAUAAAUAAAAUAGGGAAAGGUGAUGAGUUCCUGGUAUGCAUUUCAGCGGAAAAGGAAUUUUUUCUUCAUUUUUCCUUAAAUUCAAAAUAAUAAGCAUCCUUAUAUAAAAUAUCACUUUCACUUUGUGUGCUUUGAUACUCAACUUUUUCAUGAUCUUUUCUUCUGCCGUGUUUUUGGUAUAUUUAUUCAACAAUUUAUGGCAGCAGAUGCAUCCGGAUUUCUUCUCGAAAA